UUCUUUUAUCCUUCCAUAACUCGUAUACCUAUUGUUUUUCCCAAUUGGUAUCUCCAUCAGCGUAAAAUAUGUAGGUGCUAUUUGAACUUUCUCCUACAAUAAGAGUCUUCUCCCGCAGAAUUGACCCGUAAAGAUCUUCAAUAGAUGCAUGCAUCUGGACGUAUCAAGUUGAAUGACUCAGUUGCAAAGAAACACAGACCCCAUCCAUCACCGAAGGUUGUUUUAUAUCCUCUAGUUAUCUACUGGGAUCCUCCUGCUAAUGAAGAACCACUCAACAAGGAGUCGAAGAAGAAGGGGGAAAGAUUAUUACUUCAUUCUCCAAGUCAGAAGAAGCCGGUGAAUCUCGAUGUUCCCAAGCCUUACCUUGGUUCGCCAGUCAACCAAACUCGUCUAGUUUGUGCUAGUCCUUCCUCGUCUUCCUUCAUAGAGCGCAUAGAGAGUAUAGGCGUUCGUCUUCCUCGUCCAGGUAAGCCUAAAGUUUUUUCUCCGCGCUUAGCUGCAAUUUCUAUGAAUCCUUUGGUAAUUCGGACUACACGUAUCACUUUUCGGCUUCAAGAGACACCGUCUAGUUUGCUUGGAUCGCAUAGUCCUGGUGGUUCAACCCAUUCGAUGUUUCGUGGGACUUAAGGUCAUGCUUUUUCUGGUAUUGCCCCAAAUUCUCCUCCUUCAGGUAACUGCUUUUAUAUUAUGUUGACACAAGUUUCCUUCUUUAUUUCAUAUCGUACUUUAGUCACUUCAAUUUUAUACUUCAAAUAUUUCAUUUUGUGGUAUCCCUAUUUUAUUUUAUUUUACUAGGUUCUUCAUGUAGUUCUGAAUUAUCUUCAAAUUCUUGUUCAUCGUCUUCAACUUUCGUAACCUUAAAAAAAACGAGGAAAGGAAAACCGAGAAAUAUUUGAUUACAUUAAUUUCAAGUGAAAUUUGAUCAUGAAAAAAACACGGUAUGUUUAUCUUUUGGUUCAUGUAUAACCUCACUUUUAAUUGUCGCCUGCUUGUCUUUUGGUUCAUGUAUAACCGUUCUUUUAUUUUUAUUCAUCGAAGAAAUAUUUUUAUUAGAAUUUACUAACAAAAAUGUUUAAUGAACUCUUUCCCACAAACCAUACAAAAACCGGUUUUCACAAACAUAUUUUUAUUGGAUCUCAUAUAUUCAGAUGGAUGCGCGGUUUUCAAAAAAUAAACCUCUUUGGGAGCAUUUUGGGGAGGAUAAGGUUUGAUUUUUCCUAUUUGCGACCCACACUUUUCCUAUUUACCACCUCCCAUAAAUGAUUAAAGUAAUUUUAUUUUUUCAAUUAUAUAUUUUCAUACUUACCAUCUAGAAAAUCAAAUUAAAUUUGAUUGCUUCUGUUCCCCUUUUCAUCGAAGAAACCAUUUUUCUUUCUUGUUCUCCUUCUUCUUCAUUAAUCCCCUUUCAUUAUCCUUCUUUUUCAUUAAAACACUAAAUCCAAGAUUAAAGUUUUGUUUUAAUUUAUCAAGACCAAUAAAAAUAUUCAAUUUAUUUAUUUGUGUUGCAUAAUUCUUAAUGUGGUAAUAAAUUAUGAAAAUAUUUAAUAUAUUAAUGAAUUGAAAUUCAAAUUACAUAAUCAGGACUCUAAAGAUGAAGAUCAUCCGUUGUUGUCCAGAAAUUGAAGACCACGAACUGUUGAGUUCUGAUCUCUGUUAACGGAUGCUUUAGUGGCAUAUUAGACAAAAUUUGCUUCUCAAUGUCGUAUCAAUGUAAGAUUGAUAUUGGUGAAGGAUUAUACACUUGGCUAUGAUAAAGCCCAAAUGACACUCCCUCCGUCCCACUCUCAAUGUCGUAUCAAUUUAAGAUUGAUAUUGGUGAAGGAUUAUACACUUGGCUACGAUAAAGCCUAAAUGAUACUCCCUCCAUGCCAUUAUUAAUUGACCUAGUUUAAAUUUACACAAUUUUUAAGGCAAGUAAGGGAAAAAAAUACUUUUAAGCAUUUUUUUUAUAAUAAUAUCCUUAUGGAUAAUAACUAAUGAAAUUUUGAAAUGAUUUAUCUCUCAAAC